AGUUGUUUACGUUUUCUCUUAAGUCACAAACAUAUUCGAAGUAAUUAAUUUCGGAUAGAAAUAUUUUUACAUACAUGUUUUCAAAUUUAUUUACUCAAAAUGAUUAACAAAGAAUUCAUCAUUCCUUUGGACAAGGAUGAACUUGUUCGGAUGCAUUUUGGAGAAUAUGGCUAUCGAGAGGUUAUACCUUUGCAUCUAAUUAAUAAAGAAAUAAAUGCCAUCUCUCAACAACUAUUGGUAGAUAAAGGACCAAUUGACUUAAUUCAGGAAAAGCAAGAUGUUUUUUUAUCUAUAAUUAUACAUGGAAAUAAAUUGGAAUUAACGACAAUUUUUCGAGCUUUCAAUAGAAUUUUAAAAAUUGUACAGAAUUUUGUAUGUCAUUUGGAAAAGAAAGCUGAACAGUAUAAAGAUUUAGAUGUUGAACAAGAUGAAAAAAUCAAAUUACUAUCAAUAAAUAAAAUAUUAGCUUAUAUCGUAUCUACAAUAUCAUGUAUUAUAGAAGAUCAAAUUGCAGACAAUAAUAAUAAUAUGGAAUAUGUUGGCAAACGUAAGAAAAAUAUACAAAAGUCAGAUGUUGUAGAAGAAUGGGAAGUGGAACGACAGAAAGCAAUGGAAGUAAUACACCGGUGGUUACAAUUACCCUUAAAAAAUUUAUGGACGCCACCUGUAGUUGAAGAUUCAUUCGUUGGGACAUUAAGUCAAAUGUGUUACAAAGUAUUAGAAAAAACAAAAGAUAUGAGAUCUAAAAUUUUUAGAAACCUAAUUUUUCAGAUUCUUGGUAUUUUGGUAAAAAAGUACAAUCAUGGUAUAGCUUGUGUUGUUCGAAUUAUACAACUUGCUAAAUUAUAUGAAGCUCUUGCUGCACCAAUUGGAGUUGGAGUAGUACUCAUGGUUACUGAAUGUGGUUGCACCGGAUUGAUAAAAGAAAUUGCCCGAGAGAUAGGUGAAAAUGAGCCUAAAGAAGCAGAUGCUCGUAAUUUCAGUAAUUUUCUUGAAUCUAUUGCUUUGACCCAAGCAGACAUUGUAUUACCUAUUUUAGAUAUUAUAAUGGAUUAUCUCGGUGACGAAUGUUACAUCAUGAGAAAUUGUGCAAUUGGUGUUAUGGGAAUUAUUGUUGCUAAUGCUCUCACUGGUGAGGACUUAACAUCUGAAAAACGUGCCUUAAGAGAUGAAUGCUUGGACAACUUAGAGGAACAUAUUUUAGAUAGUAAUGCAUAUGUUAGAUCAAAAGUUCUGCAAACAUGGCAAAAACUUUGCUGCGAAGGUGCUGUACCCUUAUCUAGACAAAAUCAUUUGUUAAAAGCGUCUGUUUUAAGAUUAGAAGACAAAAGUGCAAACGUUAGAAAACAAGCCUUACAGCUACUACGCACAAUUCUUCAAAGUAAUCCUUUUGCAUCUAAGAUGAAUCAAGAAAAAUUUGCUCAAAAUCUUGAGCAGGCCAAAGCUGAAUUAAAACAACUUCAAACUGAUGUAUAUCAUACUGUUGGAGCAGAAGAAGAGAAGGAAGAAUUAUGGAAGACGCAGCUUCCAUUAAUUGAAGAAGCAAUUGAUCAUCUUACAGAAGAAAAUAAGAAUAAUACAGCCAACAAUAUCGAAGAAAACGACGAAAAGGAUGAUGAAAUAGAUAUUAAAGAAACUUUUGAUAAAAUACAAACUUAUAUACUGAAAGACAAAUGUUUAAUAGCCGUUAAGUAUUUGCAGAAUUUAUUUAUGCAGUCAGGCUUUUCAAAGGAGAUGAAAAAUAUAUCAGAAGAAACUAAAAAGGAAGCAUUACUUUUAUUUAUGUAUAAAAUAUUUAUGAAUUCAAGUUCUAAACAAGGUAGUGAGAAUAAGAAUGAAAAAGAAAGUUCUAAAAAAACUUUAACAACUGACCAAGAAGAAUUAAAACAAUUGGAUCAAAUUAAAGUUAAAAAGAAACUUGUCGAUUAUUUACAGAAUUGUUAUACAUUUUCGAUUGAAUUAGAAAAAACCAUACCUAUUGUAGAAAAAUUAUUAUAUUCAAUAAAUCCUGGUGAUGCAAUAGAAGCAUGCUCCUUUCUUGGUUCGGCAUAUCAAUUUCAAAUAGCUGGAGCAUUACCAGGUGUACGAAAAGCACUUUUCCAAAUUUUUUGCCGUGAUCAAUCAGUUAGAGAUAACUUGGCCAACGUUUACAAAGAAAUCUAUUUAAAUUAUUCAAACAACCAAAUGUCCAGUCGCGCAAAAACUCUUCAAUCUGUCAAAUCCCUUAUUCAAUUAUUAGAUGGAAUGUUACCUGGACAAAGUGCAGCACUUGCUAAGCUUAUAGUCUCAUGGAGAAAUAAUAAUGAACUUGACGGCGAAGCUUUAAAGGUAAUGUGGGAAAUGUUUUCGUUAAAAUUACCAAAUACAACUCCUGAAGAAAGCAGAUCUGCUUUAAUGCUCUUAACCAUGGCAGCUCAAGCAGAACCAAAUAUUAUUACUGACAACUUAGAUGUUCUUAUUAAAGUCGGAUUAGGUUUACGAGCGCAAACGGAUUUAUUAUUAGCUCGAGAUACUUGCAGAGCAUUUCUAGCUAUCAAACAAGACAGUUCCAAAGAUAUCGAUAAAUGCCCUAUCAGAUAUGCUAACGAUUAUGAAAUAUUUACUCAAAUAUGUAAGCUUUUAAAACAAAAUUUUUUUGAAGAAAUUGAAAAUGGAUAUAUUUCAUUUGCAACAGAUGCCAUAAAUGCUAUCUAUCAUUUAGCAGAUCAGCCAGCUCCACUCAUCGAAGAAGUUCUGGCUCACAUUGGUAAAACUGGAAAUUUUAUUCGUGUUUCCGGUAGUACUGAAAACACAGUUGAGAUAUCCUCUGUAUAUGUUUCUCGUUUCUUGUUCCUUAUUGGGCAUACAGGCAUUCGUGAAAUGGUAUAUUUAGAUCAGUCAGUUUAUAAAGAACUAAAACGUCGUAAUGCCGUGUGUGAGCAAAAGAAAGAAAUGUGCUUACGUAUAAGUAACAAAAAUCGGCGUAAAUCUAUCAAUACCUCGAAUGUAUCAGUGUCAUCAAAUACGUCUUCGAUAUUAGGAAGUGCCCAACGCUCAAUAAGAGUCAAUAGGAAUGAAGAUGACCAAGAGGAUGGAAUGGAAGGCGCUACAGCAGAUGAUGCAGAUGCCGAGCAUAUUAAUCUGUGCUUAGAGGAGGAAUUAUUGAGUGAUAGCGGUCUUCUUAACAAAUUUAUACCAUUAGUUUUAGAUGUUUGUCAACACCCAGAAAAGUAUACCGACGAAGUUGUGCAAGCACAUGGUGUAUUAGCGCUGAGCAAAUUGAUGACAAUAAGCUCAAAUUUUUGCGAGGCAAACUUGCAGUUAUUUGUAACUAUUUUAGAACGCUCGUCGUAUCCGCAAAUUAGGGCUAAUAUUCUCGUAGGAUUAGCUGAUUUAAUGACCAGAUUCCCCAAUCAGAUUGAACCUUGGACUUCUCAUAUUUAUGGACGGCUUAAAGAUGAAAAUCUUAAUGUACGUAGUACCUGUGUUCGAAUGUUGUCUAAUUUAAUAUUAGGUGAAAUGAUUCGUGUUAAAGGACAAGUUGCUCAAUUGGCGCUUUGCAUGGUCGAUGAAAAUGAAACGAUUCGAUAUGAUACAAAGCAGUUAUUCAAAGAUUUAUCACAUAAAGGAUAUGCACUUUACAAUGUUAUGCCCGAUAUACUCUCCUGUUUAUCUGAUUCGGAAUUAAAUUUAUCAGAACAAAAUUUCCAAGAAAUUAUCAAGUAUAUUUUGGGACUUUUAAAAAAAGAUCGACAAGUGGAUAGUAUAAUCGAAAAACUUUGCAGCCGAUUUAAAUUGGCUACCACAGAGCGACAAUGGCGUGAUUUGUCUUACUGUCUUUCACUUUUAAAAUUUAGUGCUAAAGGUAUAAGAAUAUUGAUUGAAGGAUUACCUCUUUUAAAAGACAAGAUUCACAACAAUGAUCUUCAGAAAGCAUUGAGCUCUAUAAUUGAACAAACCAAACGACGACCUGAAGCUAAAAAUGCCUGCUUAGAAUUAGAGGAAAAAGUGAAAGAUUUGUUGGAAAGAUCAGAAAACUCAGAAGACGUAUCCAAGUCCUUAUCAAAUAACGAAGCAAUGCCGCCUCCAUUAAGGCCAGUACCUAAAUCUACCAAAUCAAAAAAAAAAUCUCGCCGCACAAAGCCGGAUGAAAUUGAGAGUGAUGACAAUGAAGAUUAUGAAAAUCGGUCAUUCAGUAGAAAUAAUAGUACUAUUAGAAGUACAAGAAGAACGAGGUCUGUAUCCAAGGAUAAUUCCUCUAUAGACAGUGGAUCUGAAGAAAUAGAGAUUAAUAAGACACCUUCAAGAUUUCCAAGGAAGUGCCGCACAAGUUCAUCAGAAUCUAGAGUAAUUAAAAAUAUGAAUACGUCAGUUGAAAAUAAUGCUGUGAAUACAGCAAAGAAAACUCCACGGCGAAAAAAAGACAAUGAUUUGAAUACAACUAUACUACCUCCAUUAAAAAGAACACGAUCUUCAACGAGUUAA